CCUUACUCUGGGCAACCUAAGAAUUGAAAAGGCAAACACUCUUCUUGAGGUCAACAUUCCGCACACACUUAGGCGUGAAACAAGUACCAAAAGAAUUACCUUAACCCCUAUUGUCACCAACGGAAUUGAGCGUCAAUGGUGUCUCCGGAAACGUUCCGCUUCGGGACUUCUCCCCACAAUCCCCCCCACUCGGCAGCAACAAACCACUACCCGACCAAUUCUUCUAGACCUCGCACGACCUCGAUAUAAGAAAAAUCACACUGACUCCAGAUCAAACAAAUUCAUCCCAGUCUAAGUUAUCGCAAAAAUGACCGCCAAAGUCGCCCUCGUCACCGCCUCCAGCGCAGGCCUCGGCGCCGCCACAGUCAAAGCUCUAGCCUCGCACUUCCGCGUCGUGGUCAACUACAACUCCCGCAAAGAGAAAGCCGACCAGGUCAUCAGCGAAGCCAGCGCCAUCCCAGCCUCAUACAAACAUGACGGACCACGCUUCCACGCCAUCCAAGCCGACAUCUCGCAACGCAGCGAAAUCCAGCGCUUGGUGUCUGAAACUGUCAGCACAAUGGGCCGUCUAGACGUCGUAGUCAGCAACGCGGGCUGGACGCGCAUCACCAACUUUUUCGACAUAGAGCAACAAGUCAACGAGGACGACUGGGACAAGUGCUUCAACGUCAACGUCAAGGCCCACCUGUGGCUCCUUUACGCCGCGAAAGACCAUCUGGAAAAAUCCGUCGACGAACCCAAUGGGAUUGGAGGCGCGUUCAUCACUGUCGCGAGUCUCGCUGGCGUGAGACCGAGUGGAAGUUCUUUGCCGUAUGCGGUGACCAAGGCCGCGGAAAUCCAUAUGACGAAAGGUCUGGCGUUGAUCUGUGGGCGCAAAAUCCGGUGCAAUUCUGUCAGUCCCGGAUUGAUGAUGACCGAGUGGGGCCAAGGUUUUCCCGAGGCGAAGGUAAAGGCGACGACAGAUAAGUCUGCUCUAAAGUCGCUUGCUACGCCUGAAGAUGUGGCCGAGCAAAUUAGAACGAUUGUCCUAAGUAAGUCCAUGACCGGACAGAACGUUGUUAUGGACUGUGGUAUCGCCAUAUAGAAUAUCAUGGAAAUCUGCUCAGAAAUCUCU